AUGCUGCUGCGCCCCGGCUCUCCGCGUCCCCCCCUCGCUGCGCUCCGCCGCGAUCCCCGAACGUGCGGAGGGAAGGAGGGCGGGCAAGGGAGGCGCGGGGAAGGAGGAGCGCGAGGGGGAGGAGGAGGCAGAGGAGGAGGAGGAGGAGGAGGAGGACCGCGCUGCCGGCGGAAUGGGAAGUUUGACAAAUCGCUCCAGAGGCCCGAGGAGGAGGGGGCGGGGAGGAGCGGUCGCCCUGCCCCCCCCCCGCCCCGUCCCCAGACGAGGUGCGCGGGGUUCGGGGCUGGGGGGCGGGGAGUGAAGGAGGAGAAGGCGGGCAGAGAGAUGAGAGGAGGAGCCCAGGAGCGACCCCGGUCGGUCCUGCCCCGCUUCCCGCCCCCAGGCAGGGAGGUCAAGGCAUGGGGGGGGGGGGGGUGGAGGGGGGGCGCAGCCGCCGCCGCCGCGGCCCGGGGCUCAGCGGUCCAGUCUUCUGCCCACGGCGCGGCUGGAGCGGCGGCGUCGGCAACAGGCAAGCUUAAAGGAAAAGGAGAUGAUCGUGUCACUCGCCUGCCCGCGGAGGCGCCCCCAGCCUGGGUCCUGGCCCGGACGCCUGCCCAGGGCCCCCCGCCCAAGUCCAGACACCCGGAGCUGGCCCUCCGUCUCCGCCCCGAGCGCUCUCGCAAAGGCGCGGGGUCCGCCCUGCGGAGCGCGUCCCGGGGCGCCCACAGCCCCCGCCCAUCCCUCUUCCCCACCCGGUCUCAACCCCGGGCUGCUCCCGGCUGCCCCUCCCGGCCCACACUCCUCUCCACCCGCCGCGUGCAGCCCCAGAGCGCUCCCCUAGUUGGGAUGGUACCCCUAUCAAAGAUGCCAGGGCCCCGGGGGUGCCCUGGAGAGAAGAUGUGCGGGCUGACAUGGGUGUGGGCUCUGGGUCUUCCCUCCUGGGACCUACAGUGGCUACCUCCUUCCGUUCCCCCACCCCACCCCCGCCACAAACUUUCCCAGGCUUGUUUCGGGGGUAAGCAUGGGAGGGGGCACCUCCAAGUUUCCUUUACUGACUUUGGGACGAUCACCGUCUCAGCACCCCGCGUCUCGCCCCCUUGGGCUACUGGCCGCGCCCCCCACCCACUGCGUCGGAGGUUGCCAAGGCGGGAACGGGGGAGGGAGAAGAAACUCGGGUUCCCCUGCCCAUCCCCCGCCGGGGUGCGCCCUGGACAGGGUACUGCCCCAGCCGCUCCCAGCUUAGGGGCAGUUCUGGACGAAGGGGAUUGAUUAUUGAUUGAGUGAUUGGGGUCGCAGAGGCUCCGGGCAGACUCGGCCGAUGUGCCCCGGGAAGGAGGCGGCUGGAAGGCUGCGGUGGCGACAGGGCGACGUGGGCUCACUUACUCUGGUGGUGAGGGCGCGGGUGGGCUGGAAUUCACGCGGGCGACCCUCGAGCGGUGGCGGCUGAGCGCCAGCCAGAGCUUGAGAGGCGCGGGCGGCGGCGCAUCGAUGCGCUGCGGGCUCGAUUGCGUCUCCCUGGGCCAGCUCUUAGGCCGGGAAUGGGGCGGCCGCGGCGCAGCGGGCUCUGGGCGGCGGUGGCUGGGGUGGCCUCUGGGCCCCCAGCUCCCGGGAGCAGCACUAUAUCUGGGUGCUCCGGCUGGGACCCUGAAACCCACGUGAGCCCCGAGGCCCACAGUCUACCCGAGGGCCGGCACCCUGCGCCCCAGGACUAGCUGCCUGAGCGCACUGGGAGCUGCAAACCCUGGCCUUCCUUUCUUGCUUCUUUUUUUCUUCUUCUUCCUCUUAUUUUAAACUUAUUCUUCUCUUCCCUCUUAUUCAGCCCUGUCUCUUUUUCAUGCUUUCUUUGUGGUUGGUUUUUCAAGUUUGUUUUAAAAGUUCACAGCGUGCUUUCUUUUUCUUAUAGACCAGGAGACCAAGAUCUCACCCUACCGGUAAGAUCAAAAGUCUCCGCUCGCCCCCGGCCGGCCGGCUUGGGCUGGGUCCAGACGCCUCCCUGAAUGCAGAUGUGUGGCUGCUGUCCUCCGGGGCUAUAAAGCCGGCUCCAGCGCCUAGGCGCUCGAGAGUUGAGUUAACCCGGUGUGGAUCCCGGGCGGAGUCGAGAGCCAGAAGCCGGCUGCGGCUGAGCUCCCGAGCUGCCUGUGUGUGUGUCGCGUACCCGUGGGUGGGUGCGCCUGGGGUGUCUGAUGCCUGCGGCCUCAGAGGCCGAAGCAGCGUCUCCUCCAGGCCGUGGAGACGCGGGCCUCGGCGCGUAAAGCUUCUUGCGAGCGAGGGAUCGGUGAGUCGUCUGGCCCCGCCGUUGGCCUUACGGUUCAGGUGGCCGCGGCGCCCCUCUGACCUGAAGGAGGGUCGUUGUCCCUGGAGGUCAGACCCAGAAGGUCUGGCUUACAUUCAAAGCGGGGAGAGCCCAUCUAGGCACGCCGGCGGCGGCGACGUGUUCAUAGCGCUGGGUACCACGCACCGGGAGUUCGCCCAAAGGAUGCUUCCCUCUCCCUUUGCUUUCUUUUGGUGCUCUCUCAACCUUCGUUCUCUCGCUGCCCACCCCCACCCCUCAUACCCUCGUGCCGUGACCCAAGCGGCUCCCCUGUCGCCCGUCCUCACCCCUGCUUGCCAGUGCCUAGCCCUCCCUGCUCAGGCGCCGCGCACUGUGUGAUCCGCCCUAACAUCUGUCCGUCCAACCAUUGGCGCAUCCAUCAGUGUCAAUGGACUGCACAUUGCAGCGACAGCCUGUCACGCACAACACGGGCUGUGCGGAGUGCACGCUGCGACCACACUGCCUUGCCCGAUGGGGCACUCAAACAGACUCGGCCGUCUUGGCACCGCCUGGAUUCCCAUUUCUGCUGAGUUCUUUUAGCUACAUGCACCCAUUCACCUUUGGGGGAUCCCAACAUGUGCAUAGUUUUUCAGGUCGUUCUACGGAUGGAACAUUGAAACAGCGAAAGUAGGCAAGGUCAGCCUACUCCUUAUAUUUCCCUAGGAUUUAUCUUCCCUUCUGCUGUAAGGUUGGGUGUAACUAAAAGAGAAGGGUUCCCCAAAUUCUCACCCAACUCAAAGUAGACCCUGAAGCUACCUGAAUGCUACCUGAAUGCAGGACCUUAACUUCCUUAACCUGGCGAGGUACUAGGUUGUGGGGUUUGCCCCUCUGCAUCUAACAAGAUUUCAACAAUAAAAACUUUGUAUAGCCGGGCUGACCGCUGUUUCCAGGGCCUGACAUGGAGAAAUGCCAACUGAUGGACUCUCCGUGAAAAUGAAGGGCUCUGUAUAGGAAGAAAUGGCGUCUGGUAGUAGUAACUCUGAAGUUCACAUGUCAUUACAGGGGGGAAAAAAAGGGCAGAGCCAUAUGUUUGAGAAAUCAGAGCUUGCAGAUAAUUCCUGGCUGCCGAGGCUGCAUUUUCGAGUUCUUCCUAUUGUACUUCUUUGGUUUCUGCUCCUUCUGGAUCUACUCAGAUGGUAAACACACAAGCACAGGUGUCCCCAUGAGUCUGUCCCUCCCAGAGGCCUUUCGAUUCUUUAAGAACCUCAGGGGAAGGGUGUGUGUGGGGUCCUACUUCUCUGACAUCUGAAUGAAGUCUGCCUGGCAUUUGACCUGACUUUAUUAUUGUAAAUAUUUUCUGUCGACUAUCCCGACGGCAAGCAACCCUUUCUGCAGUUCAUAUCGCUGUUAGGGGAUCCCGAUGGGAAAAGAGCCGCGUUCAGGCAAGCGCUAAGGGUUGCUAGGUUCUGGGAAAGGCCAGAGAAGUGUUGCAUAGGCACGCUCAGGACAGUAACCUGUGCUGUAAGACGUCGCGGCUCCUUGCACCGCCUCAUCCAGCGGUCCAGCUGUUUUCUCACUCUACUAGAGGGCGGAAAAGCCUGAGCAUGGUAGAGGAUAUAGAAUUCUGUGAAAGAUCUACUAUGUAGAAAUCGUUCCCUCUACUCUUCACAGAGACGCGGUUAUCUUUUUAAAAAGCAACAAUGGGUUUUCAGUGUCUGUGCAAGUACCUAGGAACUUCUGGUCCACUUUGAAUUAUGCUGGGUAGUAAAUGUCUUAAGUUAAAUACGUCUACCUUUGGGAGGUGCCGCGUUUCUGAGAAUAAUUUCUUAAACCCCUAAAAAUAGACAGAGGAAGGAAGGAGAUGAAUAAAGAGAAACAUCCAAACACUCAGUGCCAGCCCAUGGGGGAAACUGAGAGUUGGCAUCUCGGUCAGGAGACUCACCUUGAAACUGGGUGGUCAGAUUAUGACCCCUUCAACGUUCCCAAGAGCCAAAGAGGCAAUCUUGACCACCCCUGAGACUGCAUCUAAGACUCAGAGGUCCUCUACCUCCUGCUGAAUCUCCAGAAGACUCCCAGAGAGAGUUGUCUAGGUCAGGGGUGAAACACCCUACCAAGCUUUUCCAAUUUUGAGCCCUGGGUUUCCAUUCCUGGGACCGUUUAUCAUAAGUUUCAUCCACCUUGGCUAGCCUGAGCCCCUUGAGGGUGAGGUAUACCAAUUAGAGACAUGGCUCAAAACAGUGUUCUGAGGUGCAAGGAGUCUAGCCCCCUGCCCCCACUGCCCAGUAUACUGUUUACAGUUGUAUGAUGGGAUGUAGUGGCUUGGCUAUGCCUGGAGGCAGACAAGUUUGUAUUCUAGAUGGCCGCUAAAUGACAGCCCUUCUGGUCCUAGGAAGGCUGGAGUGUCUCUUAGUUGAGUGCCCACCUAGAAGAAAAAAAUCCUGAAUGCCAUCAUUCCAGGACCUGGAGCUAGGGCUGGCUGGUGUCUCUCAGCCUAAAGUCUGACCUCAGACGGGGGUACAUGCUGAGUCCGUGGAAGGAUCAUCUUGAAGGACAAGGACUCUGGGAGACUUUGGUGAUAGCAUGGGCCUUUGGCAACAACCCAGGGUUGCGCCCUGACAAGAGGCCCCAGGAGUAAUUCAUCUCCAGCCUGAAAUGGUCAGAAGCCUAAUGGACCUGCUUUUUUCCCCCUCACUUUUCUGGGUUAGGCAGUGGUGGAAAAAUGCCAUGAGUCCUAACAUUACUACCUCAACCUGGCACUGGGCUUCAGUCCCUGCCAGAGCCUGAGGUUAGGAGGGCCUGAGUCAGGCUUUAGCCUGUUUGCUAAAGGUACUUUCUCACAGCAGGGAAAGUUUGUUUCUCUUUUUCCUGGUAGCUUUGUUUUAAGAAACCAGAUGUUUUGUUUGUAAAUUCUCCCCAAGAACGUUUACAGUUUGAACUUGAAAUAAACCUUUGAAAAUCAGGGCGGUGGAUUAGGUAGAUUAAUGCCACUUCUCUCCAGCUUCUGGAGAGCUGUAUCAGGGUGCAAGGAGAAUGAGACUAAGGGUGGGCGACAGUCGUGUAAGAAAAGGAAGAGAAUGGCUUUAUGCAAAACCAAGAAUUAUAAGCACCUCCCAAAUCCAACACAGGAAGACACAGCCACAUAUGCAGGCACACACUUCCAUCCCCCUCCUGGUAUCGUAUCUAGUUUGCUAAUUUCUUAUGUCUUGGGACUCAGAAGAAAAGACCCAACUUUGACUACAUGGCCAGUGCAAGUCUGUGGGUUUUUAGCUGAACUCUGACUUAAAAGCAAAAGGGCUGUAGGGCUUCCCAGGUAGCCUGGCUGCGGGUGAUCAGUCCCGGGAUUCCGGGAUGCAGAUGGGGCAGGUUGGAAGCUAGUUCACUAGAUUAGCGAGGACUUUGGUUAUAAAUCCCAGAGGUAGAGCUUUCCAUCCCCCAAGAAAGCUGGUGCCUGCUGCUUCCCCUUCCUUUUGCUUCAUCCCCACUCCCCAUCCUAGAUUCCUGGGCAGUUAGCUUAAAGAAAAUCUCAACAGAAACUAAACCUAACAGCAGAGGGACAGGAGAUGAUCUUGGGUGGGGUUGGGUCUAGGCGUAAGCCAGGCAGCUUCGUUAUCCACUGUGCCAGUCCCCCAUCUCUUCUUCCCUCCCCCAGCCCUAUUUUCAAAUACCUCCGUUUUCUUCCGAAAUGUUUUUUCAUUCGUUUACCGAAGUUACGGGAAAACUUUUUGGAGAUCGCCGGUUAAAUGGAGAAAACUGAAAGUCUUUGUACUUCGGUCUUAACAGGACAGAGCUGCUUUAAGCUCCUUUCAAGAGCAGAGUUUCCAAGGAAAAUGCCCUUUGGUCAGACUCCUACCUUCGGACUUGGGUUCUAAGGGAGAAUUUUCUCCAAAUCCCCCCUACAUCAUUGCAUGCUCUCGCUCCAACUCCACUGAGUGAAAUAUAUUUAUAGAAACCAUUUGGACAUUUAAAAACCAAACAAAACCUAUAUUCAAGAUAGCUGAUGCUGGCCACGUAGAGACUCACCCUUGGCCAAGAGUGAGACUCGCCCCUGGCCAGGAAUGGCUACUUCUUUGCUGAUGGGGAUGUGGGAGAUGCCCACCUGCUCCCGCGCGGUGGCGGGAGCUCGCGGAUGUUAGUGACCCGGUGCUGGUGUGAACUCGGCUCUUUAGUUCUUCCGCUCUUCGAAUAAAGGGGGGACAAGGUCCCAUCAGUCAAAACACUGCGUCAUUGAGGACCAAAUAGAGCCCACCUUCCUAACAAGAUGACCUCAAUAACUGGAUAGGGGAGUUCCCAGACCACGAUAAAUCUCAUUCCCCUUUCUCUCUUCCUACAUCGCUCCUCUCUUCUGUCUAACUCAAGAUGGUGUUGUGACUGUUCCCACUUCCCAAACAGGGAAGACCAAACGCAGCACUGAAUGGGGGCAGGUAAAGAGGGGCAAGGAGCUUUAUUCUUUUCUCUUGUAUCUGUUUUGAAACUUAGUAAAUAUCACUUGUAUUUGGACCUUUGGGUGCUAGAAGGUCAUGGGGUAUGAGGCGGCGCGUAUGCAAGUGGUAUCUGGCCCCAGGGCUCUUCUACCUAGAAGAACUAAAGAUCUACGAACACCCUGCACAGACGCUCUUACUAAAUUUUGUCUUAGCUGUUGUUUGCCUUCUGUCUCUUGAGCGUUCUUCCUUCUUUUUCCCUUUCUGUUUUUCUGCUCUGUUCUCUCUUUCGAAGAGUCAUUCCUUGACCGUCAUAAAAAUUCUCAGGGCAUUCCUUUUGAAUCUAUGAGUUUUGUUUUGUUUUCUUCCCAAGUGCACCACCCUAUGCACUAUUUCUGAGGGAACUAAGCAGUUUGCGAGGUUCCUGGCUUUUGGGGUGGAGGGGAGAGGGUGAGAAAAAGGUCAGCCUCUGGUCGACACCUGGUUUAAAACAAAAGAACAUGUUAAGAAGUUUCAAAGCUGCCAAUAAAACCCUUUAAGUGGCUUGUGAUGCACUGCCUAGAGUUCCCGCGAUGGCAUUGGUAAAUGACUCUAAUGCCCAAAGAAAAACAUUACAAAUGCCGCUGUCUGCGCCACCAAUCGGGCGCCGCUCUCCAGCGCGGGCGGUGGCUCCUCUCUGGCGCGGAGGGCACCCGCAUUUGCAUGAUAAAUUGACCAGACUGGCGGCAGCCAAUGAAAUAUUCAAAUUAGGCACGCGGGGGGUGGGAGUGUGGUGAAGUCCCUGGGGCUCCCCCUUUGAGCAGGAGCAGAAACUGGCCUUGCCACCUCUCCUUUAGCGCCCCCCAGAGGCGGGACAAAGCGUGGCCCUUCUGGGAGAGGAGGGUGGGAGAGUUUGGGGGGAAGGGAGGUAACACUCUACAGGUGCUCUUGGGCACUGGAAGGCAUUAGGGUUGGCCAAGUGGAUUAGGAAUGUCUUAGAGCCUCUAUCUCUCUUGCACUUAAAUCAGCAGGAUUGCAGAAUCAGAUAGAGACUCAGCAAUUUAGGGGAGCCCUAGACCCUUUCUAAUAAUAUGGUUGCUGUGUUGGCCCUCUGACCACAGCAGUCUUCCCAAUACUAAAAUUCUGGAGCAGAUAGAUCUAAGCUGCCAUGAGGGGAAAGAUUCCAUACCAACAGGUAGGGAAGGUAACCUAGUUUAGAGCUAUGUUAGACUCUCAACUUUCAUCAGGCCUGAGAUUUCACAGGACACCAACUGUGGCUUUGCUCCUGGGAGUGGAGACACAGGCUCUGCCUAGAUCUUGGUAGGAGCCUCAGCAGGCAGAACUCAUCUGGUCAGGGAUAUUAAGGGAGAAAGCACCCAGGCUCAAGGCAGCACUCUGAGUAUGUACAAAUGGGAACUUAUAAAUUACUAGUCAGUAAAUGGAAACCCUACAUGGGAUAUGCCAGAGGAUAUAAAGGGAACUAGCUUUUAAAUAGGGGUACCACUGGUGGCCAGGGACUCUUGGUCUUCUCAGGAACCUAGCGAGCCCAUCUUCUGGUCUGGCUCCCGCGUGGGAGACCUGACUCAGUUCAUACGAAUGUAUGGGGGUCUCUCUGCAGUGCCUUCCUACUGUGUGCCAGCCUUAGCCUGAAGGGUAGUACUGUUUCUGUAGUCUGCUAUGGAAUGAUAAGCACUCUCACCCCUCUCCCAUCACAAGGCUUAGAGAUGGGCCUAGUUGCCCUAGACAACGCUUAAUUCCCAGCUCUUUCUCCAGGCCACAAGGGUCUUUAAGAAGUGGCAUGAGUCCCCUUAAGCAUUUCUCCCCUCGACAUGCUAAGCAGAAGUCAGUUAACUACAGCUGUCCUUCCUGGCCACCAACCAAGGAGGCUCUCUGGGAGGGUCAGAGCCUAGCAGAGCCUGGCUCCAGGCUGGCUCGAGAACUGUAAGGACACCAAGCAAUAGUCUCGGCUUGCUGUCUUACAGUUUACAAUCCCAGCACUCUGAAAUCUAAGGUAGGAGGAUUCAGAAUGUGGGGCUAACCUGAGCUGUAGGCUAACCCAAGGAAAAAUAUUAGUUGCCGAUACAAAUAUGGGAGAGAGUUGAUUUUGAUUUUGGAUCACUUAGCAGGUUUUAUCUGCAUGUCCAACACGAGGUGACUAAUGCAUGGGCUGUUUCUGUCAUUCAGGGUCUUAAGGGGUGUUAGCCAAAGAGAGGAGAUUUUGAUCUUCGGCCCAGUGGGGGGAUGCAUAAUGUAACACAGCUGGUAGCCAAGUUUGGUCCAGAUAUAAAAGGACAUUUUCUCUUACUGCUAGCUUGCAUGCUUGGUCAGAAUUCCCACAAGGAAGGGCCUGGGAAGAGAUGUGCCUAUACUUGGCAGGCUGGGUCAUUUUUGACUGUGUCUCAGGAAGUCCUUCCUUGGUUAUUCUCAGGCCUCAUCUCUGGGCCAGGAAAGACGAGCCCCCCUCAGUGGGUCCUGAUCACCCUCCAGCAUUGAAGUUUGUCACGUGAUCCUUUCCAUAAAUGCAAACAGCUACGUGGACAGUGAGCCGCUGAUGCUCUUGGAAGAGGAGGCAAUGUGAGGAUCUCGUCUCUGCACGGAACAGCCUGCCUGGGACCUGGGACCCUGCAAGCAGUGGACAGACACGUCAAGCAGAGACACGGGCUUCUUGGAGAAGUCAUGCUCGUCUUCCGAACAAACUAUUCGGCUCAAAGCACAAUAUUUUCUGGCUCAGAGUUUGACGUUUGGAGUGGCAGUUGUCCCCACGCGGGCAAAUUCUGAAAAUCUGUAAUUCUCGGAAAUAAUCGCCAACCCGCAGAAAGAAUGUGUUUACACAGAAACUUCUCAGCGUUCAUCCCGAAGCCGUUAUCUCUCUGUUCCCUGCCUCCUCUCCAGCCACCGUUUGCCAAAGGAUCCCAGCUAAGGUCUUGUCCCAAUAGGCUCCUCCUCAGACGGAGCCAUAGAAUUUCCUGCUAUUUGUCACUCCUAAUAUUUAUUUCGAAAAUCAAAUCUGUGCUCGGGUGGUCACGAAGCAUCCAACUCCGACGGCUCACCCAUGGUCAGCCAAAAAGUCCCAUUAGCACCGUGGUAGCUGGCCUCGGAAAAGGAUCCUUUAGAAGAAAACCAUUGAACACGCAGCUUCUAGACCCUUCCCCCUCUCACAGAACUGCAAGUGUGAGACCUCUUCUACUUACUAUUUCAAAACAGGGUUUGCAGCCUUAGCUGGGCCAAUGACAGGAGUUCUCAACCUGUGGGUCGAUACCCCUUUGGGGAGUCUAAUGACCUUUUCACAGGGGUCUAGCUAUCAGCUAUCCUGAUUGUUGGAUAUUUACAUUACAAUUCAUAAUGGUAGCAAAAUUACAGUAAUGAAGUAGCAUUGAAAUGUUAUGGUUGGGGGUCUCACCACAACCUGAGGAACCGUCUUCAAGGGUCACAGCAGUUGAAGGUGAGGACCAACUCACCAGGGACUCGUCAUUGGAUUUUUUUUUUUUUUUUUUUUUUUUUUGAGACAGGGAUUCAUUAUGUAGCCCAGGCUGUCCUGGAAUGUUCCCAAUCUUCCUGCCCCAUUCUCCCAAGCACUGAAAUUAUAGCCCAAGCCACCAUGCCCUGCACAAGGAAUUCUUUAUAUCCAUUCUUGUGGGCCGGGCACAGUUGGACAGGAGAAAGUAGGAAUGUACAGAACAAAGACUUUUCUCUCUUGGUGCUCACAUUGACUGGGGAGAAGAACAUGGAAGACACCCAAGGAGGAAAGAAUGUAGAGCUUGGGACCGUGGAGUCCCAGCUGGUGCCCUUGGAAGCUGCUGUUCGAGGCAGGGAAUCCACUGCACCUGUUGGGAGAUAGAGCCCUCCUCAGUGGUGUGUUAGCUUCCCGUGUGCGCCCCACAAAAAUACACGGACUUGGUGACUUCACAUUACAUACACUGAUUCUCUACAGUUCUAGAGGCAAGAGGACUAAAAUUGAUAUCCCUAGGCAUCAAUUGAGGAGGUGUAGGCUUGCCUCGACCUCUUGGGGACUCUCAGGGACAAUCUGUUCCUUGUCUCUUACAGCUUGUCAUGCUGUUAAAAACCCUGGGUUAAUGCCUUGGUCAUUCCCUCUUCAAGGUUAGUAUCUUCAAAUCUCUAUCUUGCUUCAGGUGACAUCUCCUGUGUCCCCUGUGUGUGUAUGAAAUCUACCAUACAUUAACACCUUUUUUCCCCCUUAGACAAGAUUUUGCUCUGUAGUUCAGGUUGGAUUCAAAUUCACUAUCCUCCUGUCUCAAUGUCCCAAGUGUGAGUAUUAUGGCUGUUCUUAUGAUGUCCCUUUGUAAUUAAGAGGCCCUAUCUAACGUCAUCUUUCUAUCUCACAUCUUUGUGUUCCCAUAAGGUCCCUGUAAUGACCUAAAAGGGGAACCUAUUGUGACCUCUGCUUACAGAAUGACAUUCUCAGAUUUCAAGACGUUUGACCUGCUGUCUUCUGGGCUGCUGUCUGGCCCACCACACAUGAUUUCUUUUGUCACUGGGGAGAGCAUGGUCUUUUCAAUGUCCCCUUAAGUAUUCAUUGCACUUCCCUAGACUAUUUGGCCACUUCUUCAGGACACGUGUUCUCCUUGCUAAGGAAGAGCCCUAGGGGUCAUAGACUGGGCUCCAGGGCAGAGCAUAGCCCACCUCCCUGGGUUGCCUGGAGGCUGCUGAGUUCAUCAUCACCUUACAGAUGUGCCACGCGAAGCGGAUCCAUUCACCAAUGCCUGUGUUCUGUGACCAGAAAGAGGCUCUUGAGUCAAAUGGAUGCCUGAGGCUUCAUCCUAGCACAGCAUCCCAAGCUGGAAACCAGGUGUGGACAUUUCAGACUCAAACCAUACAGUGCUGGUUGAAACUUGGGACAAGAAGGGGAUUUUCCCUGCCCAUCCCCCUCGUUGUAUCCUUGUGCCUGAGAACUGAUCUCAGGUCCCAAGACUAACACCAGGGCCGUACUACACUCUGGCUGUCUCGCUGUGGUCUUAAUGGACUAGACAUGGAGUAGACAGAUACCUAAUCCAAGUUGUGGGUUGUCACAGUAUCCUUGUACAUGAUUUGGAGUCAAGUCAAAGAUUUGGUCUAAGGACAAUCUAGGAGAGCCAUGUGUUUCUAUCCUCUUUCCCUAAAAGGAUGAGAUAGCCAGUCGUCAGGAGGAGACAGGAGACAGAGGGAAGAGAGAUGCCAGUACCAGACUGCAUGCAGAGAUGGCUACACAGCCCUGCCUGCUUUGAUUCCCCUAAAGUCUAGGAUUCCUAACAACAGAAUCUGCUUGAACUGAAUGAAUGGAAUUCUGUUCCUUGAGGCUGAAGGAAUUUUGAGUCCAGCAGUUUCUUAGCCUUGUGUGUGAAAUCCAAGGCAUCCAUAAGACAACUCAAAGCAGCUGGGGCUGGAUCUGACAGACUUUGAAGUCAAAGUCACCCCACCAUGAGGGAAGGCCUCUAGGAGCUUUCUGAAAGUUUGCAUCUGGCAUGUCCUUGAGAAGUUCGUGUGUGGAUCUCUUGGUCUCCAGGACAGCAGUGUUCAGAGGUGUUUUGUCAAAGGAACAGACAUUUGGCCAAUGUGCUUAGUUGUAGAGACCCAAGCCUGGGAUCAAGGUAUCAAGAGGGCUCCACUCCCACCAAGAACACAAAAGACAAGCUCUGUGCCUAUCUGGACGGCACAGGCAUCCCCUGGUUUUUGGAUGGAUCACUUCGGUCUCUCGGCAUCUUUACCUUGUCUCUUCUCAUCUCAUCUUGACCUCUUCCGUCUCCCAUCAGAAGAUUUGUGAUUGUCCCACUUGGUUAAUCACGGAUGAUCUAAUUUAGGGUUUCUACCAUUAAUUCUGUCUACAAAGAUCUCCAUUCCAAAUAAGAGCUCACAAGUUUGGAGCCUUAGUAUGUUUAUUUUGUGGGAGGAUCCGCACGCACACAGCUCACUGGAGGGAGAUGACCGGUGGCUGGUUUUCGAUAGAGGGAGGUUGGCUGUCCACGACGUCCAGCAAGUUGUGUUUGGGUGAACUGUAGAAGCAGCCCAGUGUGACUGCCGUGCUGUUGUCUCUUGUAAUGGGUUCAUACGGGAGGCUGUGAAGUAGUGGGAGGAGAAGAGGGGAAAGACUCUUCCCACUCAGUGCGCUCCAGCUUGCUUUGGAGCACACAGGUGUCAUUAAUUUAAUCCUGGAACUGUGGCUUUUUAAGGAGAAGCCAGCAUGGGAACUGUGGGCAUUCCUCUUCAGCCUGUCCCUUGGUUCCCAUAAACAUCAGCCUACAAGCCUUCAUUUUCCCUCAGCAAAUGUACAAGUGAUGGUGGGCAUGCUGCCCAGAUGUUGUGAAGGGAGCCACCGAGGGUGGUGUCAGCUGGUCUGGAAGGGUAUCCUCUCUAGGGAUGUACCAGGGGUAAGGGCACCGAGCUCUGGUCCUCAGCUGAUGCUAGGACCGAAGAAAACAAGUCCUCCAAGUGGUCUGUAUGUCAGCCCUGGUGGCCCUGGAUGGGCUGAGAGGACAAGGAGAGGAACCCCACCCCCCACUGUGCUUUCGUUUCCCCAGAACUCCGUGGGUGACCUUGCAGAUGUGCUUUGUCAACCCAGACACCUCAGUCUCUCUGCAGGACCCACAAAGGGAACCCCACUGGGCGCUCCUCUCCCCCUUCCUGUCCCACGUCUGUUUGUUACACAGUCUAUGAAGAACCUACUCAAGACGGUCCACACUGACUGCCCGAAACUGCUCCUUCCUCGCUCCCCGCUCCUGCCCUUGGUCCAUAAACUAAGAAAAUGCACUUUUCUACCCAACCUGGAGCGCAUCCGUAAGUGACAUAGAAAGUUCAGUUCAACACUAGCGAAAAUUGAAUUUAUCUCGGAAAUGCUUUAUUCUUCCAGAAGCUCACUUUGGCAAAGUCUAAUGUAUAGAAAAGCAUGAAAUACUGUGGCUCUAGCCGCAGCAACUUCUUCAGCUACGCAUUAAGCCGCAGGGUCCGAAUCCAGCCUCGCUUCCGUCAACCACUCUCUUUAACUCAAAUGCCCGUCAAUGUCCCUGCUAAAUGGGAGUCUUGUGCGCAUCGCAUCUUAUCAUAAUGUCACAAAACCCAUAGAAUUACAAAUCAGGUUUAAGGCGGAAAACAUGACAGGGAAAUAAAAGUACACAAAAAGUACAUUAAGUAUCAGUCUUCAUUUAUACUCCCCGUUCCAGCCUACCUCUCAGCUCAGCCCCACACUGCACGCAGCCCAGCUUGAGGUAGCCUAAGAUCCAUUUUAGAGUGGACUGAAAUAUAAAUGACAGUUCGCUCUGCACAUGAACAUAGACAACUGUAUAAAAUAUUUAAAUAAAGACAGGAAAGAACAGAGGAUUGCCACGAAGCCUUUGGCAGACUCAGCCUUGGGGGAAUUUAGCAGCUUGAGAUUCAUUACAAAUUUCGUCUUUAAUGUUAUUUUUAGUUCAAUAUUUUGUAGCACUCAGAAGUAAAUCUUGGUGUGCUGUCUCCUCUUCCCCUGGCUUCCUCUCCUUCGGUGUCUGAUCCUUCAGUUUUACUGAACCCUAAUACGGUUUCAAUAAAAUUGAUUUGUGACGUCGUAA